AUGUUCCAAGCAGUGGCCAAGGUCUCCUCGGGCCGAUUUUGUCCGUGCAUGGGCCUCUUUGUGAGGAGCAACAGCAGUCGGACAGACCAACGGGGCAUCCUGGCCAAUAGAGUAGCUGUGGUCACAGGGUCCACUUAUGGGAUCGGCUUCGCUAUUGCUCGGCGUCUGGCCCAGGAUGGUGCCCAUGUUGUCAUCAGCAGUAGGAAACAGCAGAACGUGAACAAGGCAGUGGCGAUGCUGCAGGGGGAGGGGCUGAGCGUGGCAGGCACCGUAUGUCAUGUGGGGAAGGCUGAGGACCGGGAACGGCUAGUGAACUUGGCCCUGGAGCACUGUGGUGCUGUUGACUUCCUAGUGUGUAAUGCUGCGGCCAACCCUGUGGUGGGGAGCACUCUGGGAGCCAGUGAGGAAGUGUGGGACAAGAUCCUGAAUAUCAAUGUGAAGGCCCCAGCCCUGCUGCUGAGCCAGAUGCUGCCCUACAUGGAGAAGAGGGGGUAUGGCUAUAAGAUGGGGUGGGGCCUGGUGGGAUAUGGGGAGCCUGAG